GUUUGCAUACCCAAGAUGGCGGCACCCAGAGUUUUUCUAGAGGAUCGUACUGUACUUCCGCUCUUCCUCCUUCCUGUAGACCCGCCCUCUUCCGGUUUCCUUAGCCCUCCCCUUGGCAUGGCUGGGUUGGCUGUUAGGUUGUUGGGUGUGCGGCGGCUACAUUUGAGUGUAGCGGGCCGGGCCGGCGGCGCGUGGCGGACUGAGCAGGGCCUGGCCGCCAGCCCCUCUGGCUAUGGGCCUCUCACUGAGCUGCCGGACUGGUCCUAUGCAGAUGGUAGAUCUGCUCCUCCAAUGAAAGGCCAGCUCCAAAGAAGGGAACAGAGGGAAAAGUUUGCGAGACGAGUCGUGCUACUGUCCCAGGAAAUAGAUGCAGGACUGAAGACGUGGGAGCUGAAGCAGCAGGAGAAAAGACUGGAGGAGGAAAAGAAAAAGCAAAACCGGCUCAAACCCAAAGGGGCUGCAAUGAAGGUCCCAUGACUCAAUAAAACAAACCCCCUCAAA